GCAUUCCCACAUCGUUUACGAGUUCAAAUGGAAGAAUGCAUAUAUGAAGAAGAGAGGGAUGGAGAGGCACGACCUUACUUGAACAGGAUCUGUUCUAUAGGCUCGUACCUCUGUAUUCUUGAUUCCUAUGAAGACAGAAACCCAUGUCUGGUUGAUGAGCCAGAACCAUGUUGCCAGAGCGUGAUUAACCGAGACCCAUGGUCUAGGCCAUGGCUCAGUAGAUGAUCGUUGCCAUCCCAUAUGAUGGUGUCUUGGCAUGGUUACAUGGUUGUCUGACAGAUAAAUUCUAAAUUUUUGUUCUGAUCUUUCUUGAUUCCAUAUUUCAGUUCUUGAAAAGCAAGUGUUCGAUGAAAUGUCUCUGCGGGCAGGAUAUGAUCUUUCUUCAGAUGAUCAUGCACUCAUCCGGUGCAUUUGAAGCUUGUAUGGAAAAUGUGGUAUACUAUUAGAUGCAAAGCAAAUGUUUGAUGAAAUGCUUCCAUGGGGGAGCUACAUUUAAAAGCACAAGAAGAUCCAUCCUACAAAGAGAUCCCGGUGGGAGUGAUUCUAGAUAUGGGAUCAUGGGUUGGAAAGAUCAUUCAUAGCUGCAUUAUCAUCACAUUAUCUGAGUUUUACAAGGUCAACAGUCACUAUCAAACAAGGAUAGUUCUGCACAACAGGGAUGCCCAAGGAGAAACACUGCAUGCUCUACAUACUGCUCUUGAUCUCUUGGACAAGACAAAAGUGCAAGCAAUGAUAGGUUCAGACUCGACAUCUGAAGCAAAGUUCCUAGCAGUAUUCGGGGAUGAAGCUAGAAUACCUAUUCUUUCACUUUCACCAACCCCAUCUUUCAACAACCAUCCUUAUUUCCUUCAAGUUGCACAGGAUGAAACCAUUCAAUUUAAAAGCAUUGCAGCAAUGGCAGAAUCCUUUGGAUGGAAGAAUUUGAUUGUUUUCUGCGAGGACACUGCUAAUGGGAGAGAUAUGGCUACGUUUAUGGCCAAUGCCUUGGGAGAGAGGAGCAUAUCUGURACAUAUAGGAGCUUAAUUUCAACCUCUGCUAGCAAUGAACUUGUCCAGGAAGAGCUUCACAAGCUUUCAACUAUGCAAACAAAAAUAUUUGUUUUGCAUACUUCACCUUCUCUUGCAUCUUACCUUUUGCUGAAUGCAAAAUAUAUAGGAAUGAUGGGUGAAGGAUACAAAUGGAUUAUUACUAGUAAGACGAUGGACUUUAUAAAUUUCAUGGAUGAUGAAGUCAUGGAGWCAAUGCAAGGGGUMGUGGGUUUUAAAUCAUAUAUUCCACAAUCAAGUGAUCUUCACAAAUUCACUCGGAAAUUGAGAAAGGAAUAUGAUGGUAGGAACACAUUGAUGGAUAUCAAGGGCAUAAAUGCAUAUGCUAUUUGGGCACAUGAUGCAGUUUCAGCACUAGCAAUGGCUGUUGAGAGGACYGAAUCUGUAGAACAAGUUCUCAWRCGGAACAUGAAAUCUYUGGAAAAGACUGGCUCCAGCCAWAGGGGUACARCACUUYUGAAYCAGAUGKUAGGAAUCUCAUUUCAUGGUUUAGGCGGUGUUUUCCAAUUUAUGAAUGGGAGGAUUACUGCACAAGUCCUAGAAAUAAUAAACAUCGUAGGUAAAGGGGAACAUAGGGUUGGUUUUUGGACAACAGAUGCUGAUUUCACCAAAAAGAUUGGAAAGUUGAAUUCAUUUUCCAAUGAUGGCCUGGAAGCCAUCAUCUGGCCAGGAGGUAUCACAACUAAUCCAACACAUAGGAUGCUACAAAUGAGUAGCAAAAACCUCAGAUUUGGCAUUCCGGUGCAAUCCAGAUCAGGGAGACUCUUUCAAGUGGAUUAUGAUGCUCAAACUAAUUCAACAGUUGCUUCAGGGUUUUGUGUAGAAGUGUGCAAAGCUGCCUUUGCUGCAUUAAGCCACAAUAUAGAUUUUCAAUUCAUUCCAUUUAUGAUUAAUUCUACAGUUGGAGCAGUAAAUUACAACGAUCUUAUAGAUCGAGUCCACACUCGGGAAUUUGAUGUUGCCAUUGGAGAUAUAACAAUUACAGCUAACAGAUCUCUAUAUGUUGACUUCACAAUACCGUACACCGAUUUUGGCCUUGGAACACUAUCUCGAAACACAGACGCAAGCAUGUGGAUCUUUAUGAAACCCCUUAGUUCAGAGCUUUGGGUUGUAUCUGCUUGCUUCUUUAUUUUACUGGGUUUUGUGAUUUGGAUUCUUGAACAUCGAACAAAUGAAGAAUUUCAAGGUUCACGUGGACAACAGAUCGGAACAACCUUCUGGUUUGCGUUUUCUACCGUUGUUUAUGCUCAUAGGGAGAAGCUGCAGAGUAAUUUGUCAAGAUUUGUAGUCAUUGUGUGGUUGUUUGUAGUGCUCGUUCUCGCUUCAAGCUACACUGCAACAUUGAGUUCACUAUUAACCAUUGAACAAAUUCAGUUAGCAUCAAAGGCAAACUCAAUUGGAUACCGAUAUGGUUCCUUUAUGGAGGGAUUUAUAAAGAAUAACUUGAAUUUUGUAGACACCAGGUUGAAGCCUUAUUCUACAUCUGAGGAAUAUGCCGAUGCUUUGUCACUUGGGAGUAAGAAAGGUGGUGUUGAUGCAAUUGUUGAUGAAGUUCCUUACCUUAAGGAAUUCCUUACACUGUAUCCAUCCGGUUACUCCAUGACCGUCUCUGAAGCAACCACUAAUGGUUUUGGCUUUGCAUUCCCUCAAGGUUCACCCUUGGCCCCUGAGAUCUCGAGACAGAUUGUAAGAUUACGAGAAGAUGGGACUUUAAAGAAGUUAGAGGAUAAGUGGUUUAACCAACAAUCAGGUCCACGCUCCAAGGAUUCUGCGAAAAUUCUAAACCUUAAAGACUUCCGUGGUCUAUUUUACGUGAGUGGGGUAUCAAUGGCAGCUGCCCUUUUCCUAUUCAUGCUUUAUUUGGUUCCCGAGAAACUGCAUUUCAUCUACACGAUGUUGGCAGGAGGAAAGCUUACGUUCAUACUGAGGUUUCUCAUGCCUAAAACUGGUAAUACAGUUGAAAGAAGAUGA